AUGCCCACUCCAGAUGAUGCAAAGCGUGAUAUAUUGGUAAGUAAAGCUAUGUCGUACCUGCUCCGACAUGGGGCCAUAAAAGAACAUCUACCUAUAGACUCAAACGGUUACAUUCCUAUAGCUGCCAUGCUUUCUCACAACAGGCUCAAGACCCACAAGUGUACUAUAGGAGACAUACAUCGCAUUGUUGAAGUCAAUGACAAGAAAAGAUUUCAUAUUAAGGUCGAUGCUAACGGCCAAGAGCACAUAUGUGCUACCCAGGGUCACUCGAUUGCCCAAGUAAAACCUGCAGAAGGAGUACUGGAGAGAAUCACACUGCAGCAUGCGCUGCCUCAGAACCUUAUCCAUGGGACCAGUAUAAAUAACUUACUGUUGAUCCUAGAAUCGAAAUAUAUCAAGAGAAUGGGACGUAAUCAUGUCCACAUGGCAGUCGGUGUCACUGGCCAGGACAGCGCGGUAAUCAGUGGAAUGAGAUCUUCUAGCGCAGUUCACAUCUACUUGAACAAAACUGAAUUGGUGCUACACAAUGCAAUAUAUAAGUCUAAGAAUAAUGUUUAUCUAAGCUCCGAUGAUAUUUCAAUUGCGUUAAUUGAGAAGGUUGUGAUCAGGAAGAGCAAAACUUUGAAUAAAAGUACCCUAGAAACUGUUGAAAUUAAGCUAAAAGAACUGGAAGUUCCCUACGAAACUUCUUAA